AUUAUGGAGGUGGAAGCCUGCACGGCCUGCUAGGCACCUCUUGUUUAGCUUUCAGAUUCAUUCAUUUUGUGCAGCACAAUGUCAGCCGAUGAUGGUGUUAUUGGAACAAACGAUGAUGCGUCGUCGUGCAAACGAUUUGCAGUAGACAAGGGCUACUGGCAUGAUCCUUUUAUUUCUCUACUCAUUCCCAAAGCCACGUCGAGGAAAGCACCUGAAAUCAGCCGUGGUUACUAUGCAAGAGUCAAAGGAAUACAGAUCCUGAUUGAACAUUUUUUAAGGAUGACAAACUGUAACUGCCAGAUAGUGAACCUGGGUGCUGGCUUUGACACAAUGUUUUGGCGAUUGCAUGAAGAAGGUCUCACUCCCAAGUGCUAUGUGGAAGUUGACUUUGAGCAAGUGACCGCCCGCAAAUGCCACUACAUAAAGUCAAAGAAGACUUUGCUAGAAGCGUUAUCCGGUGAAGACAGUGAAAUCAUGAUGAGUAAAACAGAGAUACACUCUGGCAGCUACCAUUUAGUGUCUUCAAACCUACGCAAUGUCGGCAGCUUGGAGUCAAAACUGACCGCAUGCGAUGUGGACAGAGGACUGCCCACGUUGUUCCUCUCUGAAUGUGUUCUUGUCUACAUUGAAACAGAACAUACAGACAAACUAGUGAAGUGGGUUGCAGACAGUUUUCCCACUGCUUUCUUCAUCAACUAUGAGCAGGUGAACAUGGGAGACAGCUUUGGGGAAGUGAUGAUUGAGAACCUCAAGACGCGAGAUUGUCUUCUGAGUGGUGUUGCUGCUUGUGCCAGUUUGGACACACAGAUGAACAGAUUUCUGACCAGGGGCUGGACAGGUGGCGAUGCUAUGGACAUGAAGACACUGUACAGAUGUUUGCCUCAGGCUGAUCUACAAAGAAUAGAGCGUUUGGAAAUGCUGGACGAACGAGAGCUGCUUGACCAGCUCUUGUCCCACUACUGUCUGGUCUGGGCCUACAAAGACACCCGCGAUAUUGGCCUUCACACCAUCAGCAUCUCAUGACCUGCAAGAUUUAUGUACAUUUCUUUUUGUGUGCGGUUAGAGUGGUAAAAUGACAUUGUAAGUUUUUCUGGAAGAGUUCUGCAUGUACCGUAUUUAAUUAUUAUGUCACAUGUGUGUAGAUCUAUGCAUGUUUUUCAUGAAUACUAUAAUUAAUAGGCCCUACUUUAAAAGUAAAGCGCAUAGAAGAGUGAUUGUAAGACUGAUUUGCGCAAUAUAAAUGUCACAUUAUUAUUAUAUAGAAGCGAAUAAUGUAAUAUUACGGGAUUGAGGGGGGGGGGGGGGGAGGAAAGUGUUAAAAAAAGUGUAAGAUUAUAUUUGAACAGCCCCAAACCACGCUGGUCACACCUGCCCAACGUCAGUGAGAGUUUAAGGACCUGACGCAUGUGUCAGGGGACGAACUGUUUUUCUACACCAUGCAACCUCCGUGCAGUUUUUUUGUUGUUGGUAUCAUUCACAUUAAACUUCUGAUUUUGAUGUAACAAAACUCAUAUUGGUUACUUUUGAUUGCAAUGAGCAUAGCAAUAAUGUAUUCCAAUAGUUCCGUGGCAUUGUUUUAGCUAUACACGUCUUGCAACUUUUCUUGCAACUUUUGCAAAUUUUUCUUGCAACUUUUUGCAACUUCUGCUAUUUUCAAAUGCAACUUUCUCUGAGGACAGAGACUAUUAUACUAUUAUGCUAUUUAUAGUAAAGUCGAAUGGGCACAGCUCUAAUACCUAG